AUGUUUUCUUCCAGCUUGUACUUUCCCCGACUUCACCCGUGCAACUUUUCGUCAUCAAUCUUUACAGAAUCAGACAACUUUGAUGAAGAGCGAAUCAUUGCAGAGGCCGAAACCUCUCUUCAGCACGUGACUUCACAGUUAACGUCAUCCGAUUUCGAUCAAACCCUCCCAACACCGCGUGAUAAUCGGGCAAGUCGGACACUCAGCCAACCCGCUCGAUUCUCUGGCUCAGGCCGUCUCCAACUGAACACUACUCACUCCAGUUUUGGCACCCCAGUCGAGGAGGACGAAGAGGAAGAGGGGGAGGAGGAAUACGAUGAUGUCUCUGCCUCCUCUCCAAUUAAUAUCUCUGACUUGGGUGAACCUCUACCUCCCACUGUCCAAGACCUACCCUCUCUAGAUCAUCCAGUCGCUUCUAAUUUACGUCUUGGUGACACCACUCGCGGCCAGCUGUCUGCUUCCAUUCCACACAACGUUGCCGCCACUUCGUCCUCUGUUUUCAGUCCUCCCUCUAGCUCUCUGCGCACGCUUGAGCAUUAUCCAAAUUCUGCUGCCAUGAACCACCUCUUCGAGGAAAUAACUCGUACCAUUGAGGUUGAAGAGAGUAUGGAGACCGAUUAUGCGUCUUUUGAUGACUCCCUCUUGUUUUCUACCUAG